UAGUUACAACAAUGUGUUAGACGCAAAUUCUGAUUCCGAUGAUGAAGACAAAUUGCACAUCGUGGAAGAGGAGAGUGUUACGGAUGCGGCAGAUGGCGAGGGCAGUGUGCCAGAAGAUGACUUGCCAACCGACCAAACAGUAUUAGCAGAAGGCAGUGAAAGUAUAAAACAAAGUUGCUGGGAAGAUGAAGAUGGAACAGACGCAAAUGAAAUCCUGGGGCCUGAUGCUGAUGAGAUUGGAUGCACAGUUCAUGAUGAAGAAUGCGAUUCAGAUGUUGAAAAUGAACAAAACCAUGAUCCAAACGUGGAAGAGUUCCUUCAGCAGAGCGAUGUAGCUGUCAUCUACCCGGAAGCUCCUGAGGAUGACCAGAGGCAAGGGACGCCUGAGGCCAGUGGCCAUGAUGAAAAUGGAACUCCAGACGCAUUCUCACAGCUCCUGACAUGUCCGUAUUGUGACAGGGGAUACAAACGUUACACUUCCUUGAAGGAACACAUCAAAUACCGGCAUGAAAAGAAUGAGGACAACUUCAGUUGUUCUAUGUGCAGCUACACGUUUGCCUACAGAACCCAGCUGGACCGUCAUAUGACAUCACACAAGUCAGGAAAAGAUCAAAGGCAUGUAACACAGUCUGGAGGAAACAGAAAAUUUAAAUGCACUGAAUGUGGAAAAGCUUUCAAGUACAAACACCAUCUAAAGGAACAUUUACGGAUUCACAGUGGAGAGAAGCCAUAUGAAUGCCCAAACUGCAAGAAGAGAUUUUCCCAUUCUGGUUCCUACAGUUCCCACAUAAGCAGUAAAAAAUGUAUUGGCGUAAUUCCAGUAAAUGGACGUGCGCGUUCUGGUUUGAAGACCCCCCAGUGCUCCUCCCCUUCCCUUUCUGCAUCCCCUGGCAGUCCAGCACGUCCACCAAUUCGGCAAAAGAUCGAGAACAAGCCUUUGCAGGAGCAACUUCCAGUAAACCAAAUUAAAACGGAACCUGUGGAUUAUGAAAUUAAGCCCAUUGUGGUUGCGUCAGGAAUCAACUGUUCUGCCCCUUUGCCAAAUGGGCUAUUUAGUAGUAUUAACCCUCUCCAGGCAACCAGUUCUCAGGGUGUAGUACAAGCUGUUGUUCUACCAACUAUGGGCCUGGUAUCACCUAUUAGUAUUAACCUUAGUGACAUUCAAAAUGUUCUUAAGGUAGCUGUUGAUGGGAAUGUAAUCAGACAAGUGUUAGAAAAUAACCACGCCAAUCUUACAUCCAAAGAACAAGGGACUAUUACGUCUGCAACCAUACAGCAAGCGGGUCAUUCUGUCAUUUCAGCAUUUAGUCUUCCUUUGGUUGAUCAAGAUGGGACAACCAAAAUAAUCAUCAAUUACAGCUUAGAGCAGCCAAGCCAGUUUUCAAUUGUUCCACAGAACCUAAAAAAAGAAGUCCCAGCAGAAAUCUGCAAGACGGAAAAAUUGCCAGAAGAUCUAACUAUUAAAACUGAGAAGGAUACAAAGCUUACGGAGGACAGCACUUGCGUGCUUUCUGAAGAUCAACCAACGGAUUCCAAUGCACUUCAAGAACCUAAGCACUAUGAUCAGAAAAGCAGUUCUCCACUUCCUGAAAGUAGCAAGGCUGAAACCAUAAGGUCUGAAUCUUCCUCAGUGGAAACUACAGAUGGAAACCCUACGCCUAGUCAACCACCAUUGAAAAACCUCCAAUCACUUCUUAAAGCCUACUAUGCUCUGAACGCACAGCCAAGUGCCGAAGAACUUUCUAAAAUUGCCGAUUCGGUAAACCUACCACUAGACGUGGUAAAGAAAUGGUUUGAAAAAAUGCAAUGUGGAGAAAUUUCUCUUCAGUCUUCUAGGUCAUCUUCACCGAAAGCUGAUCAGAAUGGUAGCUCACCAGAGAAGAAUACUGAACUGCAAGAAGACAGCGAUGUUCAGAAUGAUGAGAAUGAUUUGCAGAACCCCUCCAAAAAUGAGCCCUCCCAACCAUUGGCUGCAAAUGGUUCAGAGAGUGGCACAACCUCCUCACCACUAAACCUCUCUUCGGUGAAAAACUCAGAUGGUGCAACAAUAUCAGACGAGGUACAAGGUGACCAAGAGCACCAAAUGGAACCUCUCGAUUUAUCUUUACCAAAGCAGCUUGGAAAUGGGUUGGAGCGACCUUCCAUAACUAGUGUUUUCCAGAGCAGUGUUUAUUCUGUUCAAGAUGAACCCUUGAACUUGUCUUGUGUUAAAAAAGAGCCAAUGCAAGUGGACAGUGUCCCAAAAUCGGAGCCAGCUCUAAUUUUAAACCCAAGUGCCAAUCCCAUAAACAUUGCUAUUCCCACAGUCACUGCCCAGUUACCUACAAUUGUUGCCAUUACAGAUCAGAAUAGUGUUCCCUGUCUUAGAGCACUAGCAGCCAACAAGCGGACUAUCUUGAUUCCUCAAGUAACAUACACUUAUGCCACCACUUCUACUGCAACAGUUUCAGAACCACAACAGAAGAUCCUCCAAGCUAAUGCAAAUCAGGAUGAAAGGCAGGAUACAAGUUCAGAAGGAGUUUCCAAUGUAGAAGACCAGAACGACUCUGACUCCACUCCACCCAAAAAGAAGCUAAAGAAGACCGAGAACGGGCUGUACGCCUGUGACCUCUGUGAUAAAAUAUUUCAGAAGAGCAGUUCACUGCUGAGACACAAGUAUGAACACACAGGUAAGAGGCCUCACGAGUGUGGAAUCUGUACAAAAGCAUUCAAACACAAACACCAUUUAAUUGAGCAUAUGCGCCUCCAUUCUGGAGAAAAACCCUACCAAUGUGAUAAAUGCGGCAAGAGGUUUUCACACUCUGGGUCCUAUUCCCAACACAUGAAUCACCGCUACUCAUACUGCAAGAAGGAGGCAGAGGAACGUGAUGGCACAGAGCAAGAAGAAGCUUUGCAAGAGACCCUAAGCAACGAGCAUGUAGAUUCCCAAGCGUCUCCAUCUCAGAUAGACUCUGAUGAGCGCGAGAGCUUAACACGGGAAGACGACAGCGAAAAAGAGGAAGAUGAUGAAAAAGAUACAGAUGAUGGACAGGAAGAAAAAGAAAGUGUGGAGAUGCAUGAUUCAGAUGAGGCAGAACUGGAGGUUGAAGCAGGACCAUCGGAAGGUACUUCGAAGGAUGAAGAAUGUGUAGAUAAAAGUCAAAACGCGGAAUCAGAAGUCACAGAAAAUGACGCGUCAGAAAAUGACGCUGCCCACCCUUAGCUGGUAUUUUUUUUUCCAAUAUGGAAAAUCUCUUGACAUUAUACUGAAAUUUAUUCUAUAUUAUACAUGCUUUUUCUCUGAAACACAGUAGCAUAUAUACUGUGAUUUCUGUUCACUACUGUGUUGGAAAAAAAAAAAAAGAAGAAAAAAUCCAGGUGUGCCUGAAUCUCAAACUUAGAAAUUUUUCACAGCAAUUUUAACAUUUAGGAAUCCAGUUUGUUACAAGUAUUGUCAAAGAUAUAUAUAGAAAUAUGACUCUGCAAUUAAAAAUGAAUCAGGUUUUAAUGAACCUACCCAUCCUGCUCAUAUACACAUCUGGAAACAUUUAUUUUUAUCAGUAUUAUGUUUUGUUAUCGUGUCAGUUAGUUUGUACAUUUGAGAGAAAAUUUUAUCUUUUUUUUUUUUUUCCUUUUGUUAUUGUUAUUACCGUUACAGACAUCUACUAAAUCUGCAUCAGUAUUUUAUUUUAUUAAGAAAAAAAAAAUGUGAGUAUAACUGCACUACAAAAUUCCUUUACAAAUAAUGCAUAUUUUAAAAUGUUAAUACUACCUUGCCGUGUCCAAGACAAGGUAGAGUUUUAUAGCUGAUAUAGUUUGCAAAGUUAUUAAGUUACAGCAUACAUUUAGCCUUAAGAAGACAGCAGCUUGGGAGUAGAAGGUGUGUUCUGAUCAAUGAGGUUAAACUGCAAGUAUUAUUUUUCAUGAAGCUCCAUUUUGCAGGGACUUAACAGCUUAUUCUGGGGAAAAAAUUGCAAAAAUCAGUGUUCCUAUUUGCUUGAAUAUGUAGUACAUAUAUGAAGGAUUUAAAGCUAUGUAUCUCCUUUUGGCCUUAUGCAAGACCUUCUGUGCUGUAAGUGCCAUUUUCAGUAUUUUAAAGGCUGGAACUAGCCUUUGUCGGUGGUCUGUAAUCACUAGCAUUUCUGGUAUUGGUAUCCUC